AUGGAUCAUCGGGGGCAAAUCAAAAUACCUCCUAUUUUUCUACAAGGCGAAACCUUUGAGGUACUCCGGGUCACGCUUGGCCCUCUCCUGAAACUUCUUGAACCACCGGUCCAAGAUAUCUGUGGGCACCACCAGCUUCGACCCGUCCACCCCGCAGAACGACUGCAUGAAGUUGAACAGGUUCUCGCCGACCCUCAGCGCCAUCCGCUCGAUCCUCCUCUCCGCCGCCACGUCGAGCGACGGCAGCGACGCCAGGUCCUCCACCGACACGCCGAUCUUGGCGGAGAGGGGCGGCGCGUCGGCCGCCGUGAGCUGGGGGACGCCUCCGGCACCCGGAUCCGGCCAGGGGAGGGAGAGCACGGCGGAGGGACGGGAAACGGUGACGGCGCCGCAGAAGAGGAAGGCGCUGCCGGGGGACUGGAUGUAGACGGCGAGGGCCUUGUCCGGCGGGAGGCUGAAGCCGUUGAGGAGGAAUAUGCAGACCUCGCGGAUGGACUCGUACGACUCUCCGACGAAGUGGUUCAUGUCAAGGAGCCAGUGGGUGGCGUCGAUCUGGGCGAAGGUGGAGAUGUCCAGCGGGAAGCUGCGGUUGGGAAAGACCACGCCGAACAUUUUUUUUUUUUCCUUUCAAUACGAUUUGGGGUUUUAGGAGGGGUGGUGAUGGCGGGCAUGGAUGGUGAAUUGGGGACUCUGAGAAAGGCGAGCGUGCUCGAGUACGGGGAAAGGGAAGAGUCUAGAAAGUUUGUGAAGACUGCAGUUUCAUCAACAAACAGAGGAUCAUCAAUGAAAAACACUUUGUUUCAGCCCUCUUUCAGCAGCAAUUCUUUUUCUGGGGUUCUCCAUAAGUCAUGGACAAAAGAAAACACUAGGCCGGUCGAGUUCACACUCCACACUCACCAACGAGCAGCACAAAGGGCAAUAUUCAAUUCCUCGAUUGCCGUCAAGUUGUACAUAAUGGAGCAACACAAGAAACAGGUCGAGAAAGUGUUGAAGGUUAUAGAGGAAGAAGAGGUUCGAAUGAUUAGAAAGGAUAUGGUUCCUAGAGCUCAGUUGAUGCCACUUUUCGACCGGCCCUUUUUACCACAAAGAAAAACCCUCGUUAUUCACUCUCGUUUCUCAUACUGCCUCGCCGCCCAAAAUCUCAAAUCGUCCAAACUCCAAAUCCUAAAAUCGUACGGCGCCCGUCUGCCGCCCUCCGUCCUCCGCCCUCGCCGUCCGCUGCCGCCGGACACUAAUAUUCUGCGCUACUCUCAAUCGCCGGCAGCCCCAUUCUCAGUCGAUCGACGGAUAGCUUCCAGACGUAUCUCGGCGGCGCCCCACGUCGACGGAGAGCUUCUUUAUUUGAGAUUUCAGAGAUUAUUGAGGAAUAAGCGGAAUAUGCAGCUUCACCCCCGUCACUUCGGCCGUGAUCUGCGGGACAAGCUGGUGGCGAAACUCGUGAAAGAUGUUGAGGGAACUUGCAGUGGUCGUCAUGGGUUCAUUGUGGCCAUAACUGGUAUUGACAGUGUUGGGAAAGGGCUAAUUCGUGAUGGGACAGGAUUUGUUACCUUUCCAGUUAAGUAUCAGUGUGUCGUAUUUCGACCGUUUAAAGGGGAGAUUCUGGAAGCAGUUGUUACAAUGGUUAACAAGAUGGGAUUUUUUGCUGAAGCGGGACCUGUCCAAAUUUUCGUAUCUAAUCAUUUGAUACCUGAUGAUAUGGAGUUCCAAUCUGGAGAUAUGCCUAACUACACAACAUCAGAUGGAUCUGUCAAAAUUCAGAAAGAAAGUGAAGUUAGACUGAAAAUAAUUGGAACGCGAGUGGACGCAACUGAAAUUUUCUGCAUCGGUACCAUAAAAGAUGACUUUCUUGGCAUUGUUACUUCAAAAUCCAUUCCUCCGCAUCCCAUAAAUGAAGAUGUACUUGAAGCUAGGGCUGGUGCUCUUACGAAUUUCGAGGUGCUUGAUGUAUUGAGGUCAAGAGGGGCUGGUACAGAUUUAUCUCGUGUUAUUGCAUCUGUUGCACCAUCUGAAUACAAGGUUUUUGAUUAUUUGGAGCAGAGUGCCGCCUGCAACCAAACAAGGGAUAUCAUUAAUGGAUUUUUUGAUGAUUGCAAAAGGUUUGAUCUUGCCAAGGCCGAGAUUCUUAAUAUUGCCAACAUGAGGCCAGCAUCUCCGGUUGAAGUUUACCCGGUCAUAGAGGAUUGUGAGUCGCGGAUGGAAGACAAAAUAGAUGAGCUUGUAGAGACCAUCGCGCGGAUUUUGCCGCCUCAUCCUUCACAGAGAGAAGGGCCUGGCCUGGAAAGUGUGGAGAAUGAUGAAGAAACUGGAAGUUGAUAACCAAUCAAUUAUGUUUUUUUUUUUUUUUUUU